GGGGCGGGGCGAAGGCGCUGGUAUUGCCGAGAGUGGGGGAGUUGGUACCUCAUUCCCGGGUGGAGCCGGAGCUGGAGACAGGAGCUCGUGUGAGGCUUCAGGACAAAAAUGUUUCAUUUACGGACUUGUGCUGCUAAAUUGAGGCCAUUGACGGCCUCACAGACUGUUAAGACACUUUCACAAAACAGGCCAGCAGCAGCUAGGACGUUUCAACAAAUUAGGUGCUAUGGUGCACCUGUGGCUGCUGAGCCCUUUUUGAGUGGGACUAGUUCAAAUUAUGUGGAGGAAAUGUACUAUGCUUGGUUGGAAAACCCCAAAAGUGUACAUAAGUCAUGGGACAUAUUCUUUCGAAAUGCCAAUGCUGGAGCCCCGCCUGGCACUGCCUACCAAAGCCCCCCACCCCUGAGUGGUGCCUUGUCAGCACUGACCCAAGCCCAAUCCUUGGUUCAUGCCCAGCCGAAUGUAGAUAAGCUUGUGGAAGACCAUCUUGCAGUUCAGUCUCUCAUCAGGGCAUAUCAGAUUCGAGGGCACCAUGUAGCACAGCUGGAUCCCCUGGGAAUUUUGGAUGCUGAUCUGGACUCCUCCGUUCCAGCUGAUAUUAUCUCAUCCACAGACAAACUUGAUCUCGCAGUUUUCCAGGAGCGACUCCGAAUGCUAACUGUAGGAGGGUUUUAUGGAUUGGACGAAUCGGACCUCGACAAGGUUUUCCACUUGCCCACUACUACUUUCAUUGGAGGAAAGGAGUCUGCCCUCCCACUCCGAGAGAUCAUUCGACGGCUAGAGAUGGCUUAUUGCCAACACAUUGGAGUGGAAUUCAUGUUUAUCAAUGACCUGGAGCAGUGCCAGUGGAUCAGACGGAAAUUUGAGACUCCAGGCAUCAUGCAGUUUACAAAUGAGGAGAAGCGUACUCUACUAGCAAGGCUGGUUCGCUCUACCAGGUUUGAAGAAUUCUUGCAGCGAAAAUGGUCAUCUGAGAAACGUUUUGGCUUAGAAGGUUGUGAAGUGUUGAUACCGGCCCUGAAGACUAUAAUUGACAAGUCAAGUGAAAAUGGAGUGGAUUAUGUGAUCAUGGGAAUGCCACACAGAGGGCGCCUGAAUGUGCUUGCAAAUGUGAUCAGGAAGGAACUGGAGCAGAUUUUCUGUCAAUUUGAUUCAAAAUUGGAGGCGGCUGAUGAGGGUUCUGGAGAUGUGAAGUAUCACUUGGGCAUGUAUCACCGGAGGAUUAACCGAGUAACAGACAGAAACAUCACGCUGUCCUUGGUGGCAAAUCCUUCUCACCUAGAGGCUGCUGAUCCAGUGGUUAUGGGAAAAACCAAAGCUGAACAAUUUUAUUGUGGGGAUACUGAAGGCAAGAAGGUGAUGUCCAUCCUUAUACAUGGAGAUGCUGCAUUUGCUGGGCAGGGUAUUGUAUAUGAGACAUUCCACUUGAGUGACCUUCCUUCCUAUACUACACAUGGCACUGUGCACGUGGUAGUUAACAAUCAGAUUGGCUUUACCACAGACCCUCGUAUGGCCCGUUCUUCUCCAUACCCUACUGAUGUGGCCCGAGUGGUAAAUGCACCAAUUUUCCAUGUGAAUGCCGAUGACCCUGAAGCAGUUAUGUAUGUGUGCAAUGUGGCUGCUGAGUGGAGAAGCACUUUUCAUAAGGAUGUGGUUGUGGAUUUGGUAUGUUACAGACGUAAUGGUCACAACGAAAUGGAUGAGCCUAUGUUCACUCAGCCCCUCAUGUACAAACAAAUCAGAAAACAGAAACCUGUGUUGCAGAAAUAUGCUGAGACCCUAGUGUCACAAGGAGUGGUAAAUCAGCCUGAAUAUGAGGAGGAGAUUUCCAAGUAUGAUAAGAUCUGUGAGGAGGCCUUUGCCAGAUCUAAAGAUGAGAAGAUCCUACACAUCAAGCAUUGGCUUGACUCACCCUGGCCUGGUUUUUUUACUCUAGAUGGACAGCCCAGGAGUAUGUCUUGUCCUUCAACUGGUCUAACUGAAGAGGUUCUGACACACAUAGGAAAUGUAGCCAGCUCUGUUCCUGUAGAGAAUUUUACCAUUCAUGGGGGCUUGAGACGAAUUCUAAAAACCCGUGGAGAAAUGGUAAAGAAUCGAACAGUGGACUGGGCCCUUGCUGAAUACAUGGCCUUCGGCUCACUCCUGAAAGAUGGAAUCCAUAUUCGGCUCAGUGGCCAGGAUGUUGAACGGGGAACCUUCAGCCAUCGUCACCAUGUGCUACAUGACCAGAAUGUAGACAAGAAAAUCUGCAUUCCCAUGAACCACCUUUGGCCAAACCAGGCUCCAUAUACAGUCUGCAACAGUUCUCUGUCUGAAUAUGGAGUCUUAGGCUUUGAGCUAGGCUUUGCUAUGGCAAGUCCUAAUGCCCUUGUCCUUUGGGAGGCUCAGUUUGGUGACUUCCACAACACUGCUCAGUGCAUCAUUGACCAGUUCAUUUGCCCAGGACAGGCCAAGUGGGUUCGACAGAAUGGCAUUGUGUUGCUACUCCCCCAUGGCAUGGAAGGAAUGGGUCCAGAGCAUUCAUCAGCUAGACCAGAGAGAUUUCUGCAGAUGUGCAAUGAUGAUCCAGAUGUCUUCCCUAAACUUGAUGACUUUGAUGUGCGUCAACUCUAUGACUGCAACUGGAUUGUUGUUAAUUGUUCCACUCCUGCCAACUUCUUCCAUGUCCUCCGACGACAGAUCUUGCUGCCCUUCCGGAAGCCGUUGAUCGUCUUCACUCCAAAGUCACUGCUGCGUCACCCUGAAGCCAGGUCCAACUUUGAUGACAUGCUUCCAGGUAGCAGUUUCCAGCGUGUUAUUCCAGACAAUGGUCCUGCUUCCCAGAACCCAGAGAAAACCAAGAGACUUCUUUUCUGUACCGGCAAGGUGUACUAUGACCUUACUCGAGAGCGACAAGCCAGAAACAUGGAGGCAGAUGUGGCUAUCACCAGGAUUGAGCAGCUCUCCCCGUUCCCCUUCGACCUCCUGCAGAAGGAAGUGCUGAAGUACCCUAAUGCAGAGCUGGCCUGGUGCCAGGAAGAGCAUAAAAAUCAGGGUUACUAUGACUACGUGAAGCCAAGACUUCGCACGACCAUAGACCGAGCCAAGCCUGUCUGGUAUGCUGGGCGUGACCCUGCUGCUGCCCCAGCCACAGGCAACAAGAAGACACACCUGACAGAGCUGCAGCGUCUCCUGGAUACUGCUUUCAAUCUGGACUCUUUCAAGGGCUUAUUCUAGGUCUUGGCCUCAGCUACUUGGACCCUACCUUCUGUCUGUAUAUCCAUAUCUGCCACUCACUUCUCCUCUUAACUCCAGACUAGAUCAACUAAAGUGUGGUGCCCAGCUUCUGCCCCAAAUCUCUGCUUCCUCCUUUUGUCCUGCAUAUUCCUAUCUAUGCUCCUCUCCCCUCCAAAGUUGUUCUCUUAGAAAUUGAAGUUAUCAUUUCUCUAUCAAAUAGUCUUCCUCAUUCAUCACCACCAAAUGUUCAACAGUUCAUAAUUUUAUGACUGUCUUGGCUUUCUGUGAAGGCGAAUAGCUUUGUGGAAUAGCACCUUCUGCAGAAGUAGCACUGAGGAAGGGGCUACUGUUGUCAGCACCCUUCUAAAGACCUUAACCUUACCAGGCAAAAAGCCUUUGUGUGGUGAUGUCAGA